AUGGCGACCUUCAAAGAGAAUGUGUUCUUCAUAUCUUCCUACGGAUUUUUUUUGACACAAUCUCCAUCAGUGAAUCUCUUUCAGGAGACCAGACCAUUGUAUUUGACGGUGAUGUUUUCUGAACUCGGCCUUUUCAGACCAGUUCUCUCCACGAACUAUAGUUUGGGUGGCAAAUCCACAAUCUCCUGCUCUAUACACGAUUUCUAUCUCCUUAAAAAUCUUGAACGGAAGACGCAGCUCGAGUGUCUCGUGCCGUUGAUAAGAAACCGUCGUGCAUUUGUUGACGCGAAUGAGAGUCCUAACGAAGAGAUGGUGAGUCCUAUCGGUGCAGCUUACGUGGAUUCUCUGUUCGCUUUGAAGCCUGUUGAGAGAGGCGGUGAGCUUAAAGAUGAAGAGAUUGUGACUUUAUGUUCGGAGAUUGUCUCGGCUGGUACGGACACUAGCGCUACUACGCUUGAGUGGGCGUUACUUCAUCUAGUGACCGACCAAAACAUACAAGAGAAGCUGUACGAGGAAGUUGUCGGAGCUGUGGGCAAAAACGGCGUCGUUGAAGAGGAUGACGUGACGAAAAUGCCUUACUUGGAAGCAAUAGUGAAAGAGACUCUCCGGAGACAUCCUCCGAGACAUUUUCUUCUCUCUCACGCCGCCGUUAAAGAUACGGAGCUUGGCGGGUAUGAUAUUCCGUCAGGGGCAUAUGUGGAAUUUUACACUGCUUGGGUUACUGAGAACCCGGAGAUUUGGUCGGAUCCGAGUGAGUUUCGACCCGAGAGGUUUUUACCAGGUGGAGACGGUGUUAAUGCUGACUGGACUGGAACACGUGGCGUGACAAUGUUGCCUUUUGGUGCGGGUCGUCGGAUCUGCCCGGCUUGGUCUUUAGGGAUUCUACACAUCAACUUGAUGCUUGCUAGGAUGAUCCAUUCGUUUAAAUGGAUCUCUGCUCCGGAUUCUCCACCCGACCCGACUGAAACUUACGCGUUUACCGUUGUGAUGAAGAAUUCGCUCAAAGCUCAGAUCAUAUCAAGGGAUUGA